AUGAACCCAGGCGGUCUUGCUCAAAUGUCUUCCACCAACUUUGCUUCCCACAACGGCUUCGGCAAUUCUGGCGGGUUGGCCUCGCGCCGAGGUGGCCAGAACAUCAAGCCUCUGUCCUUCGAUGGUGUCGCCAAGGCUGUCGAUAAGGAGAACACGGUUCCCACUCCUCGCACGAGCCGCUCGCAUCUCCUUGCUGGUCUCAGGACAGCUCCCAAGUCUGCCACGACUGGUUCCUUUGGCCUCUCCUCGCCCAAUCCUACCCAGCAGUACGCCCGCAACAAUAUGGCUGCCAACGUCCACAGCAUCACUCAGGACACCGCCUACAACGCCCCCAAGACGGCCUUUCCCCAGUACGCUGGCCAGCAGCAGCAACAGCAGCGACUGCAACAUCAGCCCCUGCAACAUCAGCAGCAACAGCAGCAGCAGCCGAUGCAUAUGAACAAUGCCCAUCUUAUGAGCCAGCAGUACACUGUCGACCAAGUUCUUGCUCCUCCUGAGCUCUCCUUUGACGACCAGGUUCAGGAGCAGAUGGACCCCGGCCUGUACGCUCAGCUUGUUGCCACCAACAUGUACCUGGCCCAGCAGCAGCAGCGCCUCCAGCAGCAGCUCCGCACCGUACAGGCCGCCGCCCAGCAGUUUCAGCAGCUCAACCUUAGCAACCCUCAGCUGGUCCAGCAGCAGAUGGCCAUCUACGAGCAGCAGAACCAGCUACGCACCAUGCAACAGCAGCUCGGUGUCCAGGCUGCCGCCACCCAGGCCCCACAGCAGCAGUUCUACUACAACCCUAUGACAGGCCAGUACUACGUUGACACCAUGGCCACCUCGCAGAUGGCUACUCCCUCGUACACUGAGCAGCAGCCCAUGACGCCUGGUUCUUUCGGCGGUCUGCAACAGCAGCACAAUCAGCAACAGCACAGCCAGCAGCAACAGCAGCAGCAAAUGUACCAGGGUCAUACCCAGUCUCAGUCUCAGUCCCAGACCCCCCGCGUUCAGGUCUCGCCUCCUCCCGAGACGCUUAGCCAGGGCAAUGGUCGCCGUAGUAGCUCUCCCUCUAAGCGAGGUGAUUCGCCCCAGGAGACGCAGCCGCUUCCUCCGCCCUCCGCCAACGCAUUCCGUCGCGGACACAAGAAGGCUUCGUCGCUUGCCCCCGUCAACUCAUCUCUCGCCUCAGGCAAUUCGUCCACAGUGCCGCCGUCUGCCGGCCCCAAGUCUGCCUUCCCCAUAACGCCCAUGACUGGCGGUUACGGUCCCGGACAGGGCCGUGCCGGCGAGCACCCCAUCCGCCAGCCGCGCGGCCCGCCCUCGAUGGACGAGCUUAAGCUGAAGCCGACGGCCAAGUACGAGGGCAGCAAGAACUUUGCUGCCCGUACCCGGCGUUCGGCCGUGCACAACCUCGUUCGAGCCGGACUCGAGCGACGCAAGGGCACUGGUAGCUCUGCGGGUAGCAUGAGCCCCGUAUCGGAGACCGAGGAGUCGACAACGCCUAUCACCGACAACGACUCCGAGUCUGGCCGCAGCGGAUCCGGCAGUCUAGCUGGUGAGGAAGAGAACCUACCCCCCAGGAAGCCCGUCGGUGGUGGCUGGGGAGCUAUCGGCUCUGACCGUCCCAACUCGAGCCAGAGGGCUCGCACUUCGAGCGAUGAUGAGGCUGAGUCUAACUCAUUCGCCCACGUCUUCAAGAACGGCGCUCUGCGAGCAUCCAAGGCUGAAGAGGCUGCUGAGGGUCAGCGCCGCGCCCCCAGGCUGGUGUUGACCAACUCGGACAAGCGCAGGACUGCUGCCCCCAUGGCCUAA